AUGUCGCACAUUCCCACCACCACCCCCGCAUCCGCGGCAGCAGCACCAAAACCAACAAACCCCAACCCGGACACCAAACCCACCAACCCCCUCUACAACCCAACCCUCCCUACCGACCGCUCCCUGUUCCGCCAACCCCUCCGUCCAGCACCCGACGCAACCGCCCUCUGCGCACCCUACAUCCCCUCCCCCUCGACCCUCCCCACUCUCACCACCACCACCACCCGGCCCCCCAACCCCAACAACGUCCUCCUCCUCAUCCCCACAGCCAACGCCUCCAAAACGGCCCUCCUCACAGCCCACCUCGCCGCCACCCGCCCGCCGCACAUCACCUCCCUCACCCACCUGCAGAUCCCCGCGGACUCGGGCGUCGGCGAGCAGCCGUACGACGGCGCCGGUCCGCGGGGGGCCUUCAACCGCGUAGUGGGCGCCGUGCACGCGCUACAGCGGCAGGCGGAGCGGGGGACGUACGGGGAGGUGUUGAGCGGGGUGGGCACGGUGGUGGUGGGGGCGGUGGAGAAUUUUGUGAGGAGGGAGAGGGCUGCUGGGGAGGGGGGAGUGCUGGUGCCGGUGGAUUAUGGGGUGGUGGUGUUUUGUCGGGUUUCAUUGGCGCCUGGGGAGGAGAGGGCCCGGUGGGAGUGGAGGGUGGGUGUGUCGAAGGGGGUGAUGGUGCCGAGAGAGUAUUGGAGGGCGGCGGAAGGGUUUGGGUUUGAGGAUGAUGAGCGCAUGCAUGGGAAGGUGACCGUGGGGGAGGUGCUCGCGGCGAAUUUGGGGGUUGAUAAGGCGGAUUGGUUUCUGUCGUUGAUGGGUGUGUCGAGGUAUGACUUGCUGAGGGAUGCCAUGGAGGAGAUGGAGGUUCCCUGGCCGGCUGCUGGGAAUGCGCCAGUUGCGGUGUCAAAGGCAUUUGGAGCCUAG